GGAACGUUAGCUAGCUAGCCAGCUAAAUAGAAGGCUAGCAAAUGUUAACUUCCUGCCAAUGCUUUAGCGGUGUAAAAACCGUUGGUGUAAGCUAUCUUGCUAGGCUACUUGCAGACGGAAGCCGACACGGUAACAUAAKUUGUCGAAUUGAAAGCUAGCUGAAGUUAUGGGCGGUUCGCCCUUUAGAUCCGAUUAAGUGCUACCAGUGAGAGCUACYGAAAGUGUCUGCUAGCUGUCAGUUAGCUGAAGCGGUGGCACCGGAUGAGAAUGUUCCGUGUCGUUUGAAACGGGCGGUGGAUAAAUAGCUUUGUGUUGUUUUUUUUGUUUGUUCAAAUAUAGAAGCUUUAUCCACGACAAUCCUGGGCAACAAAGGGAGAACUAAACGGAAAAACUGAAAUGUCAGGUGACGUCCACUAUUCAAAUAUGUGUUGACUGUGACGCGUAGUUAGCUAGUUAACUAGCCCUGCGACGGACUGUUGUGCCUGGCUAGCUUGAGUUACCUAGCUUUAAAAAACACAAAGCGAUGUCACCGGGCGACAACCCUCACGUUUUACUGGGAAGGAUUCGGUUUCUGAACAAGUGCAUAGAAUGUUUCAGGAAGAGCGAAGCUGUGCCCGAGUGCCUAUGUUUCGUCCCAAAAGAGGUAUGUUAUAAAAUCUGCAAAGAUUCGUCAUCGAAUUCAACCGCUUCGUCUAGUACGUCCACCGCCAACUCAUCCGUCGGUAAGACCCUGGUUUCAGUUUGGGAGAGCCCACAUCAAGCUCUCCACAGUAAGAAGCUAUGCAAGUGCAACAUCGAACCAAAGAAAGGGACAUGUAUUCGGACAACGGGGGAAGAGUAUUGCAACAGCCACGGCCUGUGGGUUAAAAUCAACAAGGAUCAGUUGGAGGAGCACCGAGUGGGUCAGGAGUGUGAGGAGGGCUGGGUCUUGGUCUGUAAACACACGGAGGGAGGAGACCGACUGGUACCUGUAGAAUCACCUGAGACACUCGGCAGACACCAGCAGCUCUUCGGAUAUGACCACAAGCCCUGUGACAGGUGGGAACAGGUGGUGGGUGUAGAGAGUUCUCUUCACAUCGGCUCUAAACCCAAGGUCGCGGAGCGUGAUGAAGCGGCUGUUCAGAAGCUCAGGGUGAUAACAGGCUCUGAUGAGCUACACAGCUACCUGUUUAAGCCUGGUCCAUGGGUGAUAACAGGCUCUGAUGAGCUACACAGCUACCUGUUCAAGCCCUGGUCCAUGGAUAUGUUCUCCCACCUGGACUUUGAAUAUGAUGAGGAUCUGGUGCACUACUACGACCACAUUGGAAAGGAGGAUGAGACCUGGGCAGUGUCAAACAGUGUGUCACAGCAUCGAUGUGUCUCCUGCUCAGUGAGUUGCCUGACAGAUGGAGACACGGAGACCUACUGGGAGAGUGACGGGAUGCAGGGACAACACUGGAUCAGACUGCACAAGAGAGGCACCGUAGUCAAUAAGCUGAUAUUGACCGUUGACUCAACCGAUGACAACUACAUGCCUAAAAGAGUGAGGUUCGGAGAGGAAGGAGACAAUCUGAAGAAGCUCAGCGACGUCACCAUAGACGAGUGAGUUACUCACAAGAACACCUGGGCUGUGUUCAGUGUGGUGCUGGAAGACAUGACGGCCCACCUGCCUGUCAUAGAGGUCCGCAUCGAGGAGUGCAGAGACGAGGGGAUAGACGUUCGGAUCAGAGGGUUGAAGAUCAAGUCAUCAUGUGAGAGAGACCUGGGGCUCAACGCUGACGUGUUUCAGUCUCCUAACCUAGUGCGUUAUCCUCGACUGGAGGGGACCCUGCCUGAUGUCCUCUACCGCAGGGCCCUGGUUAUACAGAGGUUCAUCUCACUGCUGGACAGUCUCCUGCCCCACCUGGUUCCAGCCUGGGACUACAGCCUGGCCACCUUCAACCACAUCAAGAGUAUCAAGCCGUUCCUGCUGCUGUCGAAGCGUCGCUCGGCCCUGAUCACCCAGUGUCUGAAGGACUCCGAGACCAGCAAGCCCAACUUCAUGCCCCGGCUCUAUAUCAACCGUAGACUGGCCAUGGAGCACAGAGACAACCCCUCAGUGGACCCUACUGCCAAGAACGCUGUCUUUACAGUUAGUUUCUGCUCCCAGGGAACAGGCGAGGCCAGAGACCACUAUGUUCCCAACCCGUCCUGCAGAGAGUUCCACAAGUUUGAGUGGAUCGGACAGCUGAUGGGAGCCGCUCUCCGAGGAAAGGACUUCCUGGUGCUGGCUCUGCCUGGUCUGGUGUGGAAACAGUUAACAGGCGAGGCUGUCAGCUGGAGCAAAGACUUCCCUGCUGUUGACUCUGUCCUGGUCAAGCUGCUAGAGGCCAUGGAGGUCAUGGACCAGGAGACGUUUGACUUUAAGUUUGGCGAGGAGUUGGUGUACACUACCCUGCUGAGUGACGGCAGACUGGUAGAGCUGGUACCAGGCGGCAGCAACCAGGUGGUACGGUACCAAGACCGCAGGGAGUUCAUUCACCUGGUACAGAAGGCACGCCUGGAGGAGAGCAGACACCAGAUCUGUGCUAUGCAGGCGGGGCUGGUGAAGGUAGUGCCUCAGGCCGUGCUGGAUCUGCUGACCUGGCAGGAGGUGGAGAAGAAAGUCUGUGGAGACCCGGAGAUCACUGUGGAGGCACUCAAACGACUCACUCGAUAUGAGGACUUGGAGCAGACUGAUGUCAGGGUACAGUACCUGUGGGAAGCUCUCAUGAACUUCACUAACGAGGACCGCAGUCGGUUCCUGAGGUUUGUGACCGGGAGGAGCCGUCUUCCUGCUCCCAUCUACAUCUUCCCUGACAAACAAGGCUCUGAGACUACAGAUGCGUUGCCACAGUCCUCCACCUGCUCCAGUACCCUGUAUCUACCCAACUACCCCAGUGCGAAAGUGUGUGAGGACAAGCUGCGCUAUGCUGCCUACAACUGUGUUGCCAUAGACACUGACAUGAGUCCCUGGGAGGAGUGACCACGCCCAUCUAGCAGUUUUAUGCCACGCCCACCUGUAUUUAUGCAGCGUUUAUAACAAGUGGGGGAAAUGCCGAAAAUAGUACUUGUAAACUGGGAACAACAAGUUGUGUGCAUUCAUGUGCUUUGAACUUACUGAGAAUGCUGAUUGGCUAAUGUAAUGAACGCCUCAUUAGCAUCACUAUCUGAAGCUGCUGCCAAGCCCAUUAUCAUUUAUAAACUGGGUGGUUUGAGCUCUGAAUGCUGAUUGGCUGAAAGCUGUGGUAUAUCCAACCGUAUACCAUAUGAGUAUGACAAAACAGAUUUUUACUGCUCUAAUUAUGUUGGUAACCAGUUUAUAAUAGCAAUAAGGCACCUCGGGGGGGUUUGUGGUAUAUGGCCAAUAUACUUCAGUUAAGGGCUGUGUCCUAGCACUCUGCAUUGCGUCGUGUCUAAGAACAGCCCUAAGCUGUGGUAUAUUGGCCAUAUACCACACACCCCUCGGGCCUUAUUGCUUAAGUAUACCAUAUCUACAACGUUGCCAACUUAUUACAGCUGUACUGUACAUAAUAAACUAAUGUGGAAAUGGAAUAAACAUGACUUCUGAUGUUUUA